GUAUUCUGGGAUUCUGUGAUACUCGGCUAUAAAAAGGCAAAAUAUCCCAGUAGUUCUUAGAGCUUUCAUUAGCAGCAGUGUGAGUGUGACUCUGUGCCCAGCCUCUGCACCCAUUGGAGCCCAGAGGAAGCGGGUGGGAUCCAUGUGCUGAGUACAGGUGUAGGAGGAUGGAGAGAGCCCCAUUUCUGUCUCCACACGGAAUGUUCCCGUCCCAGCACUCAGCCGGGGGCUGGCAGGUCCCUACAGGGGGCACAGGGGAAGAUCUCCUGUCUCCAGGUGAUGUGGAGAUCUGUGUGCAUGUGAACUCAGGACCGUCGGGGCACAACGAGGGCCGCCGUCCGCAAGGGUCUCUACAAGAUGGGUUUCCCAGAUUUCUCGGAACCAACCCCGGCCCGGCUCAGCAUCACCACAGAGGCGGGGCCGGCCUGGAACCCCAGAACGGGGAAACUGAGGGUGAGAAAAGGGCGGACGGAGGAUUCGCUGGAGGGGUGCGGAGGCCGUGAGGGGCACGGAGAGCAGGACCCAGCCCCGGCCGGGGACCAUCCCCGGCCGGGGACCAUCCCCGGCCGGGCACCAUCCCCGGGCAGGGUCCGGCUGGGCCGCGGGGCAGCCAGGCCGCGUUGCCAUGGCGACGACUCCGCCUCCUUCCCGGCGUGCCCCGCGUCCGCACGUGACUUCACACCCGGAAGUGUUGCCAUGGCGGCGGGCGCGCUCUGGGGGCUCGUGGCCGCGCUGGAGACGCACCGGGGCCGCGACCGGGCGCUCCGGGCGCUGUCCUACGGCUGCCAGCUGGCGGGGGCAGCGCUGCCCGGCCCCGCGGGGCUGCCCGGGGGGCUCCUGGCCGCCUCUGCCCAGCUCAGCUCCUGCCGCACCGCCCUGCGCCUCUUCGACGACCUGGCCAUGCUCCGGCACAGCUGCAGCUACGGGCUGGGCCCCGAGGGCGAGGACGCGCUGGUGAGGGGGCUCUCGGUGCUCUGCAACGCGGCCAACCAGCUCUACUACCCCUGCGAGCACCUGGCGUGGGCCGCGGAUGUCGGCAUCGUCCGCGCCGCCUCCCAGAAGUGGUGGACGCGGAGCACGGCGCUGUGGGGCUGUGCCCUGCUCCUGGGCAUCCUGCGAUCCCUGAGGAUCUUGUUCCAGUUAAGAAGAAAAUUGAGUCAGCACAAGUGCAGCACUUCACCUCAGAGGCAGCAGCAGCUGAGAGCCCAGGUGAAGGCUGAGCUUCUGAGCAUCCUCAUGGACACAGCAGAUCUCUCCAACGCAAUCCACUGGCUGCCCCCAGGAUUCCUCUGGGCAGGAAAGUUCCCUCCAUGGUUAGUAGGACUCCUGGGGACCAUCUCCUCCCUGAUUGGAAUCUACCAGGCAUCAAGAGGAGCAAAUUCUGAAGCUGCUUAAGCCAGAACUGAGCUUCACAAGCCCAGUUUUCACAUGGUAAAAGUGCCUUUAGUGAGGCAGGGUUGGUGAUUUCCUGGGUUGAUGAUUGUCCUUCCAGAUAUCCCACAAUCAGGACUGGAAUCCAGAUUCCUGUUGCAGAGUGGAUUGUUUGCAGCUGUAAUUUUUAUCACUCUUAAUCAGAGAAAUAAUUCAGGUGAAUCCUCUGAAAAUCAAAGAUCUCCUACAAUGGGUAAAACUGAGGGGGAAAGAGUUGCUUCCAUCUGUCCCAAAAGACAAAUGCAACCUGCCAGUGCUUUCUGCCACUUAAAGGAGCACAGUGGCCACGGUUCUGUCACAGAGAACUGGUGAGGGAUGAAUCCUGGGAGCUCCCACUCGGAGCCAGGAUGGGACCCCUGUCCUGGGAGUUCUGCAGGUGUCUGGGCUCAGACAGGAGCCAGCAGGGCUGUUGUUUGGUGCUGUUUGUGACCGUUUUGUUUCCUUAGAGGUGAGAGGGGCAGGAAAUUGCCGCUGGAAGCAGCAUGGACCUUCCUAGCCUGCCUUGCCCGUUUAAGGAGAAAUGUUGGAAGUGGAGACUUCCCCCAGAGCUGAGGCUCCGGCUGUGCCUUUGUGGAAUGCCACCGGGUGGAGCUCUUCCACCAGGCUCUGGCAGCCGCCGACCUUUUUUUAUUUAAAAAAAAAAAAAAAAAAAAAAAGGCAGGAAAUUUAUUAAUCACCUUUCAAAGGAGCAAUCAAACCGAUGCCGAGGUGGGGUUUGCAGUUACAGUUCUGGGCGUUGCCAAUAAUAAACGACACAAAUGCUUCAAA